AUGGAAGACAUUGACGAUGAUUACUUCUCCGAUGACCUCGAUUCCUUACCUCCGGGUACGUUGUACCAACUGGAGCAGAAUGCCUUCCAGGCGACUCAAGGUCCAGCGACAUCUCAACAACACAAUGCGCCGCUAGCUCCCGAGGAGCCCGCCCUCGUGCACACGAGACAGCCUGCUGCUACCUUGAAGCCGCCACCCCGCCUACACACUGGAUUGACGAAUGACUAUGAUACACUUGAGGUGGGAGAGUUGGAGGCAGAGGUCUAUGACAAUGUGGAGGGCCAACAGGCAAUUGCGCAGGCCCCUGCGGUUGUCGUGACAGAGACCGUAUGGCCUGCCAAUGGCGGUAUGGAUGAUAUGAUGGAGGUUGAUCAUGAGUAUGGCCAAGCGAAUGCAUAUGAGAUGAAUGCACGCAUGAAGCAAGCUUGGCUACAGCUUGAACAAGAAAAAGAACAGAUGCGACGAGAGUUGGCUGAAGCCAGAACGCUGGCCGAAACCAAAGCUGGAGAGAUUGCCAUCAUUCGCUCGAAACAAACGCGAAUGGCCGAGGAGUAUGACCGGCAAUUGGCGGCUCUGCGAAAGGCUAUGGCCGAUCGGGAAACCACACACAAGGAAGCAGUCGAUGCGGCAAUGUCAGAGGGCAAAAUGCUGGCGACGGAAAAUCUCUUCCUCCAGCACGACCUAGCCGAGGAGGUUCAUCAACUCCGUAAUUAUAAAACAAAGCAACGCGGAGCGGAGAAGGCUGCCCCGGUCACUCCAAAGAAGUCUCGAAUACUUCCCUUGCGUGAUGGAUUCGACGACGAUGAGAUCGCCGUAGUAUCGCCGAGCAAGUCGGUAGCACGAUCAAAGCGAGGAACACCAACCGUUCCAGGAAAGCGGAAACGACAGGCAAGCGUUGACAGCCCAGCUCCAUUACAGCUGAGUCCAGCUGGGGAGCUCAACAUGGUAGAUGCUCCGACCGAUACCUCCGGGACAGUGUUUGAUGAGGAGCCUAAAUCGCGGGAAUCGGGCACUCAUGAUCAUCUUAUGAAGCGAAUUUUGAACCAUAGGAUACUCCCCGAUCAGCAAACCGAUCUUGAAGCGUUCGCCAGACUAUACUUCCCGUCAGAGCCUCAUAAAGCGCUGUCCAGUAUCAUCAUGGAUGAGUUGGCUCGGGUGGACAUGGGAAAUUUCGUGCUCGAGUACCUCUAUACGAUUGGGCUGCUCUGGCGGCGAGCACUGACGGAGAGGUUCUACGAGCCUGUUCCUCGACUCAUGUCCAUUGCUAGAUAUGUUCUGAUGAUGGACGAGGCUCCGCUCCCGGAUCUCAUCACCUCUCUAGUCGGUGUGCUUCAAGAUUCAGUUGAGGUCAAUGCAGUUCCUCGCUUCAAAUACUCCCCAGCAGCACGAGAAAAGGCACGACUUCCGCGCUCAACACCUCAAUCCGAUCUGCAUCUAGAAGUCGAUUCGACCGAGGCCCUUCGUCUACUCUACUAUAUUUCUUGUCAAUUACUACAUGUCAAGAGUGCUCUAGACAAUUUCUGGGCACACAUUCGUUACACUUUCAUUCUGGUGAUGCUGCAUGGUUCACAACCACUCAAGGACAUCAUGGUCAUAUUACCCUUGCUGUCCACUAGCAUUCGGGCAGACUCCUUUGGCCCCAUCAUGUCCUCGGAGCAGGACCAAGCAGACGUCCAGAAAUGGAUUGUCGACCGCCUCUCAUUCAUGCUCAGCGAGGCAGCCAUGCCAGAUGAAGGUUGCGAGCCCUACACGGCCUACGACAUAUGUGCCAUGCGACUCGAGGUUCUGCUAUUGCUAGAGUCCCUGGCAUUCAACCCAGCAGCCCCAUCCAAAGAACACGGAAGUGCCAUCAUCGCAGCGCACCCAACGGCGUUGCCACGUCUAUUCCGGUCGAUGCAUGACGAGCUAGAUGCGCUCUACUCCUCGCCACCCGAACAAGAACUCCGCGUUGCGAUGGUCAACGGCCUCAUGCGCCUGAUCUUUGGAGUCAUGCGCCGCCACGGUUCAUCCAUCAACAUGCAAGAGAAGCUGGCAUCCGUGUCGGGGAGUAAACAAAAGCAUCUGGUGGUCCUCACACGGCUGGCCUUCUGCGACGGGUCGGUUCUCGAAGCAGGUAUCGAUGACGAGACAGUGGACAUGGCACACGAGUUGCUGGAGGAGUGGACGAACCCGCAAGAAGCGGAGUCACUGGCUGAGGCGUUCCCUAGCUCUCGGCGAGACUGA